AUGCCGGGAGAUAUUGGGCGUAUACCCAUAAUAUCUCUUAGCGGAUGCAAGUAUUUGACCAACAUAAUCAAUGACCUCCCUCUUCCUAAAUCCACUAAUGUCCCCAUAAAAUGUCAUACUUUACUAAAUGACCAAAAAUUCGCUCAAGAGGCCUACAGAUGUAUCAAUUGUCAGAACGAGGCCCUUGUUGGAGCACUGAUUAAAGCUAUAAGCAGUGUUAACAACGAUGUACAAUUCAAGGAUAAAUCUCUUGAGCACUCUGUAGAAUGUCCUACUUCUCCUUUGCUCCUUCGAGCCCUUUUGGAAAAGAAGCCAGAUAUUUUAUCUGGUAAGGCUUCACAAAACAUCUCGCGUCAACUUGAAGGUCUCUCCACAAAUGAACUACUGGUCUCUAAAGGGUCGGCCAUUAAUAGGUUUAAAACAGCUGAUAAGCAGAAGAGUAAGAAGCCUAAGGGUGGCAGCAUCAUUUAUAAUGCUGUGAGUGUAGCUCCACUAAAAAUCUCGAUCAAGAAGACCUGUACUUCAAAAGUUAAGAAAACCUCAAGUAGUGGAGAAAUCCUAGAUGAUAAUUCCACGAUUCACAAUAUUCAGACGGGAAAUUAUCUGGAUAAAACUGGAACAUGUCUUGUAAGAAUAGCUACCCACACUCUCGACUCUCUAAACCGUUCAGCAAGCCAAACACUUGGUUCUACUACUGAAUCCCAGAACAACUCAUCCUAUUUGAAUAAAUCAAAGAAAUCAGAAGAUUACACUGAAAUAACUGACGACCCAUCGAAGCCAAUCAAUUCUACGGGUUUGGUCUCUUUAAAUUCCACGAUAAAUCUCGUAAAAGACCAGACUAAUUACACACUAUCAGAUUCAUCGGCGAAUAUUUUGAUUGAUGAUACAUCAAGAGUGGAAGUCCCGUCGACACUUCAUACUUCUCACUCUCCGUGCGAAGCUGAUCAGUUGUGUACAGAACAAUCCCCAUCUCCUAAAAUUAGUGAUCUCACCUUUGGAUCGUCGGGUUAUGAUACGAACUCAGCUCAAACUCGGCGAAUCCCCGAUCCAGCAUUGUCCCAAAUCUUUCAUUCUGUGGCUCUCUUUCACACUUACCAGAAUACAUGCGAGCCCGACAAGGGAGUGGAUAACGAAGGUGGUGGCCUUUUUGACGACUGGGUUGAUGCACCGAAGCUUUCGGAAUCACCAGUUAUGUCUGUUCCUACAGUACCAAAUAAAUCUAUCCCCCUUGGAUGUACUUCUCAGACCCCUUGCAUUUCAUCUACAUCAGCAGCCAUCAAGGAAAAGUUAUGUGUCUGUGCUGAUAAUGAAACAAUGGGGAGUUUUUCUCGUAGUCCUUUGUCUACGCUUGCGAUUAGCUCAUGCCCAACCACUUCAGGUAAAAACAUCCCUGUUUCGUUUGACAAUGCUACCUCUGCAGUGAGUAUAUCCGCUUCAGCAGUGGCAGCAUCUCUCUCAAUAUCCAAGGUUAAUACACCAUCACCUACGAGAUUGUUUGACUCACUUGAUGAAACUCUAACUACCAACCUGUCUACUUGUAGUGCCUUGGAAGAACAGGUGAACUGUACCCCUCAUGGACUGGCUGCGUAUCUACCCCGUUGUAAUAAUCAGAGAAUUAAUUCCGCACAUCCAUCUGUAUUUUCAAAUGAAGAUGUUCCUGCAACUUUUGCAAACUCAGUGUCUCCGAGACCAGCUUUGUCCCCGGCUAUUGAUUGCAUUGAUCUAAAUUCUGUCAGUCCGUUAGAAAUGACUGUUCGAACUUCCGGUUCGUUGAAAACCAUCGGCUUCUCCGGUAACGGCCCAACGACUUACUCAAAGCCAAAACAAAAUGGUCGUGGUCGUUUUUCAUCUGGAAAGCACAGAGGUGGAGGUCGCCGUAGACGAACUGAACUUGAAGAACUUAAGAGGUGGAGUGUCUUAGAUCACGCAAAUCCUGGUUUCGAACAAAAAAAUGAGGAUCUUUGCGAAGUCCGCUAUUCGCCUCAAAACUCGAUUACCGGUCGGGAUCCUGGGACUACGUUUGCUAUAUCAGAAGCUUCGGUUCAGACUGCUGUUUCAAAAAAGGAUAUUUCAAACUUAAAUUUCUCGGAUGUAUGCCACCAGUAUGGUGGUUUUACAGAAGCUCUUGUAGAACGUGUCAAGCGGCGUCGACAACAGCGUGAAAUGGAAUCUAAAGGCUUUAAAGCAUCACCAAAUAAAGAGACACUCAGGAGUUCCUGUGAAGUUUCCCCUCUCUCUACCCCAUCUCCAGGACAGAGUCAUCUCAAAGUCACUUCACCUCUUAGAAUGCAUAAGUCAGCCAGUUUACUAAAACGUGAAAAUAAAAAAGGUACUCAACGCACAACAUUCAAAACAGAACGUGAGAGCCAACGAAAAGGAGGUAGCAUUAGUGCAGCUGUAAAUGACUAUACCAAACUAAUCCAAUCAACUGACAGUGAUUGUUCGCUGUCUCCUACUAGCACAGUUUUAUCAUCUGUUCAGUCUAAUUCACCAUCCAUGAGUAGUGUCCCACCUAUUAACAGUUUGCAGCCUAGCCCUCCUGUUUUAUCAUAUCAGAAAAUCGACUCAACUAGUAACUGCCAUACACACGACACGACUGUGUACGACAGAACAUCGAGAUCGUUUGUUCCGUGUAACGUCAAGAGUCCCAACAUGGCAUCUAAUUCCAACGAUGGUGUUGCUUUAGUCUCUACUUUGUCCACUCAGGCAAAUGAUAAGGACUCUGAUUUCUCAGAUGCAAAGAAAGCUCAUGCUACAUCACAAUUGGAAGAUACAAAGUCGUCGUUGACCUGUAAUUACCGAGAUCCAGUCACUGUGCAGUCUUUCAGAUCUCGUUCAAUUCAUGGAUCUUGUGCUCGGUCAAAUAAUUCAUCUCUACAUUUGCCACCUCUCUUACCCUUGAGUCGCUGCUCUCCUAGUUUACUUCAUAAACCAUUGUCUGUUGAUGCGUUAGAAAGUGCUAGAUGUCAGGACCACGUUGAAUGUAGUAUGAAAGAUAUGCCUUCACCACAACCGUGUUCUACACAUCAUACGUAUUUGAAUACAAAAGCAACUAAGAAGCCUGUCGUGUCACUUACUGAUCUGUCUUUCGGUCAUCUCACUGUUGAUGUUUCCUCAAACUCAAACAUUUGUUCGUCUGAGCCGAGUCAUAGUGUUUUAGAUAAGAUUUCUAACACAAAACCUGAAACAAUGAAUUCUCAUUUAUGUAAACAAUUCGAUAUUUGUCCAACCCAAGUAAUGGAUGGUCAAAAUGUACCGUCAAAUCAAAGUGAACACAAAAUUUCUGAUAUGAGUGAAUCCAGCAAUAGUAGCAUAGCAAGUUCGUCUCCAAGAUUGUUUUCAGGAAUAGAUACUGCGUGUGGUUCUGAUCACAGGUGUCGUACACCAAGUACAAUAGCCUAUACCCACAGCUCUGCCAUGGAAGAUAAUGAUGACGAUUCCCCUGACGUCAACUGCCGUCGACAUGAUACAAAUCUCGAUGUUGGUUCUGAUUCUGACUCUUCAGAAAUCAAAUCUUGUUCUGCUUCCACAGAUCUUGAUGCACCGAAAGCAAACGAAUUCGGUUCCUUCUCACCGUCUUCGUUAUCUUCUAUCACUGAUGAUGUAGCUACUAUUUUUUCUGAUGAGCAUGAAUUUGAACACUCUCGUCAGUCAGAUUACUCUACAUCAACUGUUCUCCAUCAAUUUACAAACCGUCUAAGCAAAAUUUUACGACGUGUUGAAGAACUUGAUUUGCUCCAGUUAGCAGCCGUUGUUCAGAGCAAACUUGGUACUAUCUGCAAAAGGAGUUUCUCUGAUCAAGAGGAUAGCGAUGAGUCCUGUGCGCGCAAUAAUGUUUCAUCGACUUUUCCCGAUUCAGCUCGUCUUACUAAACAAGAAAUCAUGUCGUUAUGCUCCGAUUCAGCUAAAAUCCGAUUUGCUGGGUCCAUGUCAACGAUACCAACAGGUCGUUUGGUUCGAUUUCUAACUUUACUGUUGGUAAAUAUGCAAGAAGCUGCUUCCGUUUCUCCAAAUAUUUCAAAUAUUGUUGAAACACAUCGAAUUUCUAAGAAACGCUAUAAGUAUAAUGGGGAACAACUUGAAAUCAGUGAUAAUUCUUCUACUCGGAAUGGCUAUUUUACAGAAACAGUCUUAUGGUCUGAUCCAGAAUGGUCCUCCUCUCUCAUUGGUUUAGAUUGCGCCCGUACAGCUUUAAAUAUUAUUGUUGGACCAGAUAUGCCACGACCUUUACUCAUGGAGGAUUUGAUCGAAGGUAUUGUAUCUGUAGUAAAACAGCAACUAGAUUGUCUCAUUCAUAAUAUUAUGAGAGUUACUUCUCAUACACCUCAUUAUCAAAGCUCAGCUGUGUCACCAAGUUUUUCUAUACUGGGUCAUGUUGGUUAUCGAAUAACACAAAUUAUGAUUCUACUAGUCAAUCUUAUGCGAUUACAGCCCAAUCGUUUUACAGAUAAUUUAGUAAUUAAUCUUACUUCACUCGGGAUGGCAAUUCCUUCUUAUUCUUUGACAUCAGGAACCAGCAUAACGAAUGAAUGGAAACGAUUUUUGCUCUCUCCACAGAAACUACUCAACUUCAUAAGUCAUACUGAAAAUUCUUCGGAAUUCAUGGGUUCUUCAGCAAAAACGCUUGGUACUUUGUUUAUGGUCAGUUGGCCAGAGCACCUACAACGCUCAAGUCUUGCACUUUUAGGCACUCUUUAUGGACAGUAUGAAGCUCACAGGAAGAUGAUUGUUGAUGAAAUAUUUCGUACGUUUUUAUCAGGUCUUGAUGUCAAGCGAAAAUCUACACCCAGUGUCAGUACAGAAGCUGAAAAAAUAAUAUACCCAUCCGAUAGGCGGACUGCUAAAACCUUCCGCUUGUUGUCAUCUUCAUAUUUUUAUGAAGAAUAUUAUGGCUCUAAAGCAAAAUCCAAUGUAUCCCGUUCAAUCCAAAGUGAAUCUCCCCAAUAUUUGUACAUCCAUGCACUAAGUGCCCUCUUUCUUUGUAUCACUCAAGGUUUAAUUCACACACCGAAUUUAUCUUUUCUUGCAAACAACUGCUCUAACCCGUCCGUUCGCAAAUUUCCUUCAUCUGCUGUGUCUACUCCAACACAAAGUUCAUUUGUUUCCGAAGCCGUUACAAUAGAUAACGCACAAUUCAAUAAAGAUGAAAAACAUGUAUUGAGCAGUUAUAGUACAGCUGUUAGACAUGCACAUUACCUGCUAUCUGGUUUAUUCAAAAGGGUUAGUUUGAAAGCUGAAUACGAUAUACGAUCUGUAUUGGAAACAGUUACAAAUGAUUUAUUAAGCGUUACUUUCCAUGCACCUAUAGAAUGGCCAGCCUCAGCUAUUCUUCUCAAUGUACUCAGUAGUCUUUUAAUCCAACAACUUAAUCUAACAAAUCAAAACGCCAAUAUUUCGACAAAUCCUACUACUUCACGUUCUCGUAAUACUGAGUUAUGUGGUAAACUUCUAGCUGUUGAUACCCUUGCGUCAUUGAUUGUUGGUCUAAAACGUGGAGCUAAGGUAUAUAGCCUAGAUUUACCAUCCUCAUUAUUCAUUCAAAAUAAAAAUCAUUCUGACUUGGAGGACGGUAAAGAUAAUUGCAUGAAAACGAAUAAAUGUCAAACACGUUUAAUUGGUUUAUUAUCAUCUCCAAUCCCAAUAAUUCACCACUGGUAUUUUUCGUUCUAUGAUAUCCUUCAAAUGAGUAAUAAAAACGAUGACUCUAAUUUUACAGAAGUUUGUGAACGAUUAAAUUUGGAUAAAAAUAUGAUUUAUUUGCCAGAUCUUUGUUCGAAAUACUACGAUUUUCUUCUUCUGACUGCUCACAGAUUUCAUCUUGCUGCAUGGCUUCAUAAUUGUAACAGAAACGUCCCGGUCACAAAUUUAGACAUCCCUACCGGGAGUGCGAAAGAUUAUUCCUCCAAUUCUACGAAAAACAAAGCUUGUGUGGAAAAACUUCGGCAUCAAUUACUAGCUGAACUUUCUCUCACACAUUUAAACUCGUCAGUAUCUGGACUUGGUUUUCCGUUUGCUAAGCAAAACAUAUCAUCACUCUCUGCAGCUUGUAUGGGAUGCCCUAAUUCUUCGCAGCAUUUGUCUUCACGAAGUCGUGCAAACUGUAUAUGUUGUUCGGGCAUGGGGUGGGGAGGUUCAUUUCUAGCUCAGUCCAUGUCAUCCCAACGUUUUAUCACAUAUACUCACAUGCCAAAAUUAUGCAGUAACAUGCGAUUUCGUCUAGUUGCCCAUGCUCAUAUUUCUGCGGUUUAUCUCCUUGGCGCCCAUGCGGUUUUGCCGAAUUUCGACGUGCUGUACGGUUUCAUUUGUAAAUUAGCCGGGGAGUCAUCAGUACCUAUGCGGUCGAAAGCGUUGCGUUGUCUUGCUUUAGUUAUUGAUGCUGAUCCGAAGUUGAUGUCUAUAAAUCAAGAUACUAAAAAUAAAAGCACGAUUUCAUCGAGUCCGAUUUUCGAUAUCUCCAACAUUGUUCGCGCACGUUUAUUGGACAACUCCACAGCCGUUCGCGAAGCAGCUGUCGACUUGAUCAGUCGAUAUUUGACAUCGCGUCCACAAUCCUUAGCCGAAUACUACUCUGUUAUUGUGGAACGUGUCCUUGGACAAGGUGUCAGUGUAAGAAAACGAGUUAUUCGGUGCUUUCGAGAUCUACUACUUAACGAUUGGAAUAAAUUUUUAGAUUCUUCAAAUUCUGGUUCUGAUGGACACAAUUCCUCUUUGAUUGGAAAUCAGAUGUGUACAGAUAUUUGUCUGAAACUUAUUCGCCGACUUCACGAUGAAAACAGCAUUCAAAAAUUGAUUACUGAAGCCUUCCAAGAACUAUGGCUGACUCCAAUAUCGAAAUCACAUUCUCGUUUCUCAAAGGUUCUUGAUAGGCGUAUCAUAAGUUUAGCAUCAGUGACUGUUACUCUUAGACCGAAUAACUUUGACCUAUUGAACACGUUCAUUGUUCAAGAUCUAUCUUCAGGGGAACCACAUCCUUCAGGGUCUCAGUUUGAUGCUGCGUGCAAGCAAAUUAUUGGCCGUCUGAUUGUUUUAAUAAAACGACGUAUUGUUACAAAUGAUUUACUUCAGUUUGUUCAACGUCAAGGUCGUUUGGUUGUUGAUUCAGCUUUAUCGUGUUUAGCAGUGCUCGUUAAUCAAGUUUUAAAAGACCAAACUCAAGUUAUAUGUUGCUUCACACAAUUCUAUGGCCUCCUUACGGACCUUUCAUUAGAAUUACGAGAGGCUCUUUCAACUAAGAUAAGUACUUCUGCUCGAAUAUCAUCCAAAACUCGACCAUCAAUAUUGCGGGCAUUGUACACUGUCGGUUUGAUAUGUAAAUACUUCACACUGGAUUAUUCAUUUCACAGAAAUAAGAAAUCGGGUAUGUCUAAUUCAAACCUACUGGAUGAAGUUGUGGAUAUACUUAUGUUGUUUGCGGAAUAUGCAUCCGUUCGUAUACAUGUACAAAGCAGCACCACAUUUCCAAUCCCAUCUGAUAUGAUUGAUCCAGAUUUAUGUCGUAAAGCUAUUACUGGUUUAGGAUUUUUAUUAUUUCGUCAUGAUCAACUUUUCUGUACUGGUUCUGUACAAUUGUUUUUAACUCGAUUUCUUUCAACUGUUCAAAAUUCUUUAACCAAUAAUCACCCAACUGAUGGAUCCUCAUUUUUUGAGAUUCAGUGUAUUAUACUUGACAAUUUAACACAUUAUUUAUUGCAGAAGGAGCGUAAAGCAACUGCAGAUAAUCGCUUGUGGGCUACACGUUCCAAGCGUGAAUCUCUCAAAGAACUAACUGAUCAAAUAACUGGUCACAGCAGUGCAGUUGCCCAAACCUAUUUGCCCAUAGUUUUGAAAUAUUGUAUUCUCACCCCGUCUAUUAGUGUUCGCUCUUCAGCCUUAAGCCUAAUAUCAACUAUAUUACGUCAAGGAUUAAUUCAUCCAUCUCACGUUUUGUCUUCCCUGAUUUGUUUGCAAACUGAUUCAGACCCAAGUAUUCGUUCUCGUGCUUCAGUUUGUCUUACAGAAGCUGAACAAAAAAUUCCCGGAUUCGCCGCAAUGCGAGCUGUCUCUGGAAUUCGCAUGUCACAUCAGUUGCAAUUAAUUAUACACACUAAUGAGUUUUCUUCACUCAUAGUUCGCGGAGCUAAAGAUUCUAAAACCGCUUCUGAAAGUAAAUCACUUUCACCGACAAAUAAUUCUACAUCUACAGUAUUUUGUAUAAAUUAUGGACUGUACACCAUGUUGAGAACUAAUCGACAAUAUCGUCGAUCGUUAAUUGUUAACUUGUUAUCUAUAUUUGAUGAAUACCAGAAAUCAUCACUUCACACCACUGAAAAUGAGAGUAUUCAAAGUCGGUUAAGUCAGUUGAUUUUCAUCGCAGAUCACUUGGCACACUUUCCAUAUGUAGUUCUUGAUGAAGUUUACUACGUUGCUGACCUAAUAGAACAAAGAAUAAGCCUCAUAGGAUCUACUAUUUUAAGAUCCUUAUACCGAAGUUUGUUAUCUGCUGCUCAAAACAAAUGCUCAAAUUCAGAAGUCUGUCAGUUAUCCAGAUCUUCAAUGAACAAUGAUCGAAAAUUCACUAGUGAAACUGACCUCAUGGAUUUCCUUGAUAAGUGUGAAGCAAAUUUACCUAGAGAAUAUGACUUCAACACUUCCUAUAAAUAUAUGGAAACCAUGAAAGCUCUUGAUAAUCAAAUUUCAUUUAGUUCAUCUGAGAAAGACCUACAAAACAUGUUCAAACACUGUCAGUCAGAUUCUUUAAAAGGAAAGGCACGAUCAUCUAUGGUAUACGCAGGACCAUCGUGUCUACUCCUUAUGACUAUCAGAAAGUUUAUACGUGAAUACUAUAAUGUAACUUACAGUAAACUGAAAGAUUACUCACCUUCUGAUACAUCGAAACUUUGGGAGAAACCAAUUAUAUUAACAAAACAAUCAAGUUGUUCUGGCCAGCUCAUGACAUUAUCGUGCAUAGUUUACCAGUACGUUUUGAACCCUGGGUGGAGCGAUGUAUCUAAAGGCCCUCCAGAUCAUAUCCUUUUACGCCAUUUUCUUGUACUGCGGCGAGAAUUAAUGCUUCAUGAAGACAGUUCAUUAAAUGAGCAGUCGGUAAAGGGUACUUCUAAGCCUAAUGUUCAAAUUUCUGACAUUGAAAAUGACAUAAAAGAAGAUUGUCAGGCGGAAGUGGAAAGUGGAGAAUGCUCUACAACCUUAUGCAAUCCGUCAACUAUAUCCAAACGUAGCAAGUCAAAUUCUGCGGAAUGUUUACCAUCUGUUAAACAUAGUCUUGAUAGCUCUUUUAAUCAGACAAUUGGGAAAUCUGGUAAGCAGCUUGGAAAACAUAAAAUUGUAAAACGACAGUCUUCAAAAUCAUCUUUAUCAGAUCCUUCCAUUGAGGCCGUAGGCGACACUGGGACAAAAAAUAAAGAAAAACAUUCGGUUGACUUACAAUCUCAAUGUUUAAUUUCAAGGUCCAUCAAAAAGCAUAGACGGCUAUCAGAACAUUCCAGCUAUUCUACCAGCUCUGAUUCAGUCGAGUUAAAUAAUCUUAGAAAGUCACAGAAAAUUGGUAGUUCACGUGGUCACCAAUCUCUAUUGCAGUCAAGUCCAGAUUCGCCGAAUAAACCUAGUUUUCAAAAUCAAGCUCACCAUACGCAUUUCGAAUCGUUAGAUUCUGAUGCCAACUCAGAAACUAACUCUGUGGAUAGUUGUGUUAGAAAGAGUAAUAAGAUAGCUAUGAUUUCAAAAGUAAAACAACCUAGUGUUUCGAAUUAUGCUAAUCAAACAAAAAAACAAUCAACUUCUCAAUCUUAUAUGCAAAAAAAUACUAAAACGAAAAAAUCCAACUUUCAAAAUUUGGGAGUUAUUGGUCAUGCUAAAUCUCUUUCUCAUCAGUGUCGUUCGACUAAUUCAAAGCAGUCUACAGGUCCAACUCGCACUCUUGCUCCACUACCGUCUGCUAUGAUGAAUAGUACAAAUACAUCUCGUCCGGGGAAGCAUUCCAUUACGAAUAGGAAAACUAAGCACGAUUCUAAACGUUCGGAAUUCUCCAGUAAAUAUGAAAUGAAACAUGUAUCACAUCACUUUGCUUCAGGUGGUAAUCAUCACACUUCGCGAGUGAAAAAUUCGAAAUCUAAGUCAUUACCUUCCAAAACCAGUCAUUCAAAUGAAAGUCAAACUCACAAGCCACAUUCGGAAGAACAACGAACAAGUAAAAAACACUUGUCUGAAUGCCAGAGUUUCAAAAUGCGUCAAAUUAAUUCAGCAACCAAGGAGAAUUCCAUUAGAAACGGCCAAAAGCUGGAAAUCCUAUCCAAUUGUGAUAAAAGUGAAGAACAACUAUCCGAUUCUAGUGAAUCCUCCUUGUCAUCCACUUCUACAUCAUUGUCUUCAUCGUCAACAUCAUCAUCAGAAGAUAGUAUGUCCUCUUUUUCCUCGUCGUCAUCCUCGACUCUCCAGUCUAGAUUAAAGCAAAAAAAGAAAACAAAGCUCACUUGA